AUGGUCUCGAGUGAGUACAUCAAAGGCUACUAUCGGCGAGCAGUUGCCAAUAUGGCGCUGAACAAGUUCAAAGAGGCCGUCAAAGACUUCCGGGCGGUGGUCAAGGUUGCCCCCAAGGAUGCGGAUGCAAAGCAGAAGCUCACCGAGUGCGAGAAGGAGCUGCGCCGCCAGGAGUUUGAGAAGGCGAUCAUGGUCGACGAUGAGCACAAGGUCAGCAUCAUCAAGCAGCUCGGCGAUCUCGAAGCCAUCAUUGUCGAGCCAAGCUACGAUGGCCCUCAUAUGACGGACGACGGCAUCACGCUCGAGUUUGUCACCCAGAUGAUGGAGCAUAUGAAGAAACAGAGCAAGCUGCACAAAAAAUAUGCACUCAAGCUGAUGAUCGCGUGCAAGGAGCUGUUUGAGAAGCAGCCCCCAAUCGUCAAGAUCGACAUUCCCGAAGGCGCCAAGAUCACGGUCUGCGGCGACAUCCAUGGACAGUUCUAUGACCUCCUCCAUAUCUUCGAACUCAACGGACUGCCCUCGCCCACAAACAUGUACCUGUUCAACGGCGAUUUCGUGGACCGUGGCUCGUUCUCGGUCGAAUGCAUCCUCACGCUCCUGGCUUUCAAAUACCUGUACCCCAACGCCUUCUUCAUGUCCCGCGGCAACCACGAAACUGACGACAUGAACAAAGUCUACGGCUUCGAAGGCGAGGUCAAGGCAAAGUACUCGGACCUUACUUUCAAGCUGUUCUCUGAGAUCUUCAAUGCUGUUCCGCUCGGCAACCUGAUUGGCGAGAAGAUCCUGGUCAUCCAUGGCGGUCUGUUCUCGCGCGAUGGUGUGACUCUCGACGAACUUUAUGCCAUCGACCGCUUUAAGCAGCCCGGCAACGAGGGUCUCAUGUGCGAGCUGCUGUGGAGCGACCCACGAAUGCUGCCCGGCCGUGGUCUCAGCAAGCGUGGCGUUGGCAUCCAGUUUGGCCCAGACGUCACCGAGGACUUCCUCCGGACCAAUAACCUGAAGAUGAUCAUCCGCAGCCACGAAGUGAAGGACGAAGGAUACUGCAUCGACCACGACGGAAAGUGCGUCACCAUCUUUAGUGCGCCCAACUACUGCGACAGCGUUGGCAACAAGGGCGCCUUCAUCACCAUCACACCUGAUCUGGAGCUGAAGUACACCAAGUUCGAGGCCGUUCCGCACCCGCCCGUGAAACCGAUGCAGUAUGCUGGACGGUUUGCAAGCAUGUUCUAGAAGGGCGAUCAAAGUCACAAAGCUUCGGCCUGGUGUCGCCGUGUACAGCCAGCGAGUUGUUGGGAUAAGGCACGAACCAUCGCCGAGCAACUACUGGAAUCACCGCUGUGGCGAAGCAUGUGCCAGGUCGAAGAACACAAAUAUGCCCGCACGGAUACGUCAUCCGCCCAACUUGUUGCGGCCAGCCAAAGCCAACACGACCAGAAUCGGCAGCCGACAUCCCAGUGAACUUUGGUGGCCUUUGAGCAAUGCGCUUUCUUCGCCCACCUAUGCCUGCUCUUCCUGUUUUCUCUUUUGACACCCUCUUUGGACUAUCUUUGCAUCGACCCUGGACUCUUCCCUGUGCCA